UCUCAUCUGGCAAAAAUGGGUGAACCUCAGCAAGUGAGUGCCCUUCCUCCACCUCCAAUGCAAUAUAUAAAAGAAUAUACUGAUGAGAAUAUCCGUAAAGGCCUGGCUCCAAAGCCACCUCCACCUGUGAAAGACAGUUAUAUGAUGUUUGGUAAUCAGUUUCAGUGCGAUGAUCUGAUUAUUCGACCCUUGGAGAGCCAGGGUAUUGAGCGGUUACAUCCUAUGCAGUUUGAUCACAAGAAGGAAUUAAGAAAACUUAAUAUGUCUAUCCUGGUCAACUUUUUGGAUCUCUUGGAUAUCUUGAUAAGGAGUCCAGGAAGUAUAAAGCGAGAGGAGAAACUGGAAGACUUAAAACUGCUUUUUGUUCAUGUCCAUCAUCUUAUAAACGAGUAUCGCCCUCACCAAGCUAGGGAGACACUGAGAGUCAUGAUGGAGGUGCAGAAACGUCAGCGUUUGGAAACAGCAGAGCGGUUUCAGAAGCACUUGGAGCGAGUUGUGGAGAUGAUUCAGAACUGCCUGGCUUCCUUGCCUGAUGAUCUGCCUCAUUCAGAGGGAGGACUGAGAGUGAAAGUGGAACCAAUGGAUACUGAUGAUGGCAGCAACUGUAUUGGACAGAGCGAAAAGCAGAGGGAGCGUUCCGGUAGCAAGAGAGAUCAGGUUUUGGACAAGGAUGCUGCUAUGUGUUGCAUUAUUGAUGAAAUGACAUGAAGAAAACACUUCUUUUGUCAGCUUACCAUAGUGAGAGGCAGAAUGGAUUCUGGUGGUAUACGUUGUCUUGUUUUGCCGUUGUGCAAGCAGACAAAGCAUUUGAUUUGCAUCUGUUGGAAGGUGAGUGACUAGGCAGAUGAAAAUGUGUGAUAUUUUAUGAGCUGUGUGUUUAUUGGUAGGAAAAAAAGUAUAAUUUUUGUUAAAUGUAUUAUGUGAGGUGGAAGCCACAGAUUAAAUUUAGCUUUUUCUGU